CGGUGGGUGGUGCGCACUCGCUUAUGUCCUCCGCGCCACCACGGUCGCCCACCCCGCGGGCCCCCAAGAUGAAGAAGGACGAGUCUUUCUUGGGCAAGUUGGGCGGCACACUGGCAAGGAAGAAGAAGACCAGGGAGGUGACUGACUUGCAGGAAGAAGGCAAGAGCGCCAUCAAUUCUCCAAUGGCCCCGGCUUUGGUGGACAUUCACCCUGAAGACACCCAGCUAGAGGAGAAUGAGGAGCGCACCAUGAUCGAUCCCACCUCUAGAGAAGACCCCAAGUUCAAGGAGUUGGUCAAGGUGCUUCUGGACUGGAUCAACGAUGUGCUGGCGGAGGAGCGCAUCAUUGUGAAGCAGCUGGAGGAGGACCUGUACGAUGGCCAGGUGUUACAGAAACUUCUGGAAAAGCUAGCACACUGCAAGCUGAAUGUGGCAGAGGUGACGCAGUCCGAGAUCGGGCAGAAGCAGAAGUUGCAGACAGUUCUGGAAGCCGUGCAAGACCUGCUCCGGCCCCACGGCUGGCCGCUGCGUUGGAAUGUGGACUCUAUCCACGGGAAGAACCUGGUGUCCAUUCUGCACCUCCUCGUCUCCCUGGCCAUGCACUUCAGGGCCCCCAUCCACCUUCCUGAACACGUCACCGUGCAGGUGGUGGUCGUCCGGAAGCGGGAAGGCCUGCUGCACUCCAGCCACAUCUCAGAGGAGCUGACCACGACCACAGAGAUCAUGAUGGGCCGGUUUGAGCGGGAUGCCUUCGACACGCUCUUCGACCACGCGCCGGACAAGCUCAACCUUGUGAAGAAGUCUCUCAUCACGUUUGUGAACAAACACCUGAACAAGCUAAACUUGGAGGUCACUGACCUGGAGACCCAGUUUGCAGAUGGUGUGUACCUGGUCCUACUCCUGGGCCUCCUUGAAGACUACUUUGUCCCCCUCCACAACUUCUACCUGACUCCUGACAGCUUUGACCAGAAGGUGCACAACGUGGCCUUUGCCUUUGAACUGAUGCUGGACGGGGGACUCAAGAAACCCAAGGCACGCCCUGAAGACGUCGUGAACUUGGACCUCAAGUCCACUCUGCGGGUCCUUUACACACUGUUCACCAAGUACAAGGACGUCGAGUGACAGAGCAGCCGAUUCUUCAGGGACAAGUUUUAGACAAGAAAAAAUGGUCGUGUCCAUCCACAGUCCCUGAUUUCCCAGGAACCGUCUCCUCAGGGAGGCCUCAGGCUUCCCAGGUCUAGCUGUGUGAUGCCUCUGCUCUCUGCUCCCUGCCUGGUUUGGUUUUAAACCCUUUUCCCUUGUGGCUCCCUAGCUGAUUAGAUCAUUGAGAACUUGGUGCUUCAAACACCCACUCCAGUUUGAGGCCUCACUUCCUCUUUUUCUCUGCCUCCCCCUGAAGAUGAAAAAGAACAAAGGCCCAGCCUAGCCCUCAGCUGGAGAGGGCUGUCCACCUGUGCUCCAACCCACGGAGCAAUUACAGCAACAGCCCUGGCUCCAGGGACUCCGCCCCAUUUGUCCUCAGGAAUCCCCUGGGCUGGGCUCUCCCUGGAAGCAGGGUCUCGCCUCAGUAAAAAGAUCCUCUCGGGUUUUUUUCUUUCCUGAGUCUCGGAAGAUUUAAACUCCCGACGUGUGUCUCCACCCCCAUCCUGUCUUGCGGUUUGCUGAUUUUUAACUGACCUUUUACAUGAACUCUCAGGACCCAGAAUGCCUUGGGGCCCCAGGGCAGCUUGUACAGGGCAUGUCUGGGUCUCUUGCUGGCUCUGAACAUGCAGCUUGAGCCGGCUCGGAGUUGGAACCUUCCAUCUCUGAGGCCCUGUUAGGGAAUGGAUACAUUUUUAGAGACUUUACAAGAGGGAGGGAAUCCAUUAUGAGGGCUGCCUGACCACAGGCUACCGGCAGCCAGAAUUACAGAGGCGUGCGUCUGGCAGCUCUGGAGGCUGAGAGUAGGAGACAGAGGUGCUGGCAGGUUGCCUCUCUCUGCCUUCACACCAUUCCUCCUCCUGUAUUAGUCUCCUCUUCAUUUUGAAGUGGAACCAUCCCCUGUAUGACCUUGAUGACCCCAUGAUAUAUGCAAGACACCCGUCUCCAAGUGCAGCCUCCCUCCGACCAGCCAGGAGUAGGUUUGUGGGGAGUGUCUUAACUGGCAGUGGGACAUAUGAAAUGCCCACAUCCCUCCUAGAUGCUGCUGGUAUCCCCUGCAACAUGGCCCAUGAGAGAAAACCCUGUUGCUCCUCAAGCCAUUCAUCACUCACUCCCCUUGACUCUGGAGGUGGGCUGGCUCUUGUCUCAGGAAUCCUGCUUCUGUGGUUCACUCCCCCUCUCAUGAUACUCCUGCCUCUCACCUGCCAUAUGACAGGAUCCAUGCAGCUACAGGGAGCCUUCCUUUCCUGAUCCCCACCUUACCACAAACCAGGGCUGUGGGGUGAGGUGUUGAUACUGAACUGAACACCAACAGUGAAGUUCCAGAAAACAGUUUAAUGUCUCCCCUUGCUUCCGCUGUUGCUAAGCUGGGGACAGGGCUUGGAAUAGCCGCUCUGGUGAAGGAGGCUUCCCAGUAGGGGAGAGAGAUAAUUAAAACGGCAUUACCGUGUCUCCCCGUGGGAUGCGGUGACAUUAAAGAGCCACACUGACAAAAUAUCCGGGACUGGAAGGUUCUGUGCCGCUUUCCUCACAGGCUCGGAACCACCGCAGCAUCUGGGAGCUGCUGGGUCCGGUUUGUUCUGCUCACAGGUGGUCUGGGGCGGGGAGCUGGGUGCUGUUGAAGGGAAGGAUUGUCCUGGGAAGGGUGGUGGUUCUCUGGGAUUCCCUAUCUGGAGGACACAUGUCCCCCUUGGAACCCAAGCAGGCUCCUUUGCCUGGUCCUGUCUGCAGGACCUGGGAAGCCAGGGUUCCAUGAAGGCGUGACCUUCCCCAUUGACUGAGCAUGGAAGUGUGGUUCUUACACACCAGUGAAGGGCUGUCCUCGCUGUCUCUUCCUGUGGAGUUGGCAUUCAAACCAUAGUCUGGACAAAGGCACCAAUAAGUAAGAUUUCUAGGCCAACUCCAGGGUCACCCACGUAAGGCAAGGCUUUCUUGAUGGAAAAAAGGGAGUACCCCCCUCCAUGUAACCAGUGCCCACCCCCAAACUUUCCCACAGUUCUCCCUGGGGUCCCCUGGAAUGCAAAAACCUCUCUUUGAGCUGCUAAUUCAAGGAAGUUCUGGAACUUUAUACUGCUUGGAUCUUCAUUCUCUCCUGAUACUGUUUAUUUGAAGAGAGGUCUGGUCAAUGAAACUGGUAGAAAUGUCAUCAUCUGUCACUCCCUUGGGGUCUUGAGGAAGGGACAGGCAGGUCUGUAUCCCUGCCCCCAGGUCUGCAGGCCAAGGCUGGAGCUGCUCCCUUUUGUCCUGUACUGAUUGGCGCACCCCCUCCAGCUCUCCAGACUUCUGUGGACCUCCAGGCAGCUCUCGUGCCCCCUUUGCACCCAGUCGUGCAAGCCCUGAGCUCAGGGGCCCCUGCAUCCUCAUCGCAGGCCAACCAACAAAGGGGGAAUCUUAUAUCCAAGCAGCCAAAACGGUGACGCCCCCCUGUGCAGUAAUACUUCAUUGUCUUUUUAAUUGUUUGAAGCAACGUGUCCUUUGGAUUUCUGGAUAUUAAAUAAAAACCACUAAACCCCC